AUCUUCUUCUCCAGUUAUAGCAACCGCUUCAUUACCAAACAUGGUGGCGUUCUGGGGCUGCGAGGUGACGGAGACCAAGGCUGCGGUCGUGAAUGUGCCCGAGGGCUUUGUGCUCAACGUGGUGAACGCCACGUGUGGCGCGUCUUCUCUCGAAGCACAGGUGGCACUGGGUCUGGAGACGCAGCAGCUCGAUGGCAAGUCCUGGAAGGGUGCGGUGGCUCAUUUGGGCGCCAAGCAGCCGCUGCAGGUCAAGCUGGACCUGGUUUUUGGCCACAAGGUUAAGUUCUACCUGGCUAAGGGAUCGGGCGUCGUGAACCUCAGUGGGUACUUCCAGCCAGGCCCUUCCGUCGACUUGGUCGAGGAGGAGGCAAUUAUCCCUCCGCAAGCCCCCAAGAAGAGCAAGAAGCGUGCUCGUGAGGAGAAGAAGGAGGCCCAGAAGAGCUGGGACGAGGUGUCCCCAUCGUCUAGUGACUCAGAGGAAGUGUCGGAGGAGAAAGCCAAGGCUUCCAAGCCCUCGAUCACGUCUAAUGCCAACAAGGAAGUGAAGAAGCCCAAGCAGAGUGAGACUCCUGCCACCACGUCUUCAAACCCAGUCAACUCGACGGGUACCGCGCAGAAGAAGAAGCGCAAGAAAAACAAAAACAAGAAGCAAGCUGCCAACGGCGCGGUUAACUAACCAAAGAAGUAAUAUAUUUGCAAGCAUUCAAUGCUCUAGUCACUCUA